GAGGAGGGGCAAAAAGGCCUCUGUUGGGAAGGGGAUAUCUGGGAAGGAGACUGAAGCUGAAAGACUGAUUUAAGAGUAAGAGUGACCCCUAGUAGGAGAUUGUGAGGGGAAAGAGGAAGCUUCAAAGCAGCUUUUGGCCAGAAAGAAUAAAAUAAGAUGAUAAUAUCUUAUAUUUUGCCCCCAAAAGUAUUCCUUAACAAAAAUAUAUUUACCGUAGUGAUUAAAAAGAAUCACUUAUGUAUUUUAUUAAAGCAUAUUUAUUAUAAUUAUAAAGCAUAUCUUAUAUGUUUUAAUUACAAUUAUAAAGCAUAUUUUAUAUGCUUUCCUUAACGUAUUGAAUGAGGAGGUAGUAUGAGUUAUCACUAAUAUUUGAAUUUGUUUUAAUAUUAUCUAACCUCACAAAUGCAUAUAGUUAAGAACUAUUGCCAAAAAUAAUGUAUUCCUAUAGUUGAGUUUUUCAAAAUUCAUUAAGAUCCCUUCCCCCCAGUCUUCUGAGGAAGGUGCCACAAAGUAGUAUUAUCCUUAUUUUAUGGAUAAAAAAAUUCAGACUCAGAAGUGAAGUGACUUAGGCCAGAUUUUUGAAAACAGGUUAUCUCCUGACUCUCCAUAUGUUUUUUCUAUAUCAUAUUGCCAGUAAGUCUUCUGGCCUGAAGAUAGCUAGGGGUGCGCUAGGUCAGGUGAGAGCAGCUGGGUGUUUCAUAGAGCAAUUUUUUUUUUCUUUAUAACCUAUUGUUCAUUUGCCCCUGAGGUCAAAGAGCUGUCACUCAUGUCUAAAGGCUAAACUUUGUUUCUCUUGCUUGGCAUUUGGGCACUUUGAUGUUCUGGGACACCUUAACAUUAUGUAACAUAAACUAGAUCAGCUAAUAGAUACAUUUGGGGGGGGGAGUAAAAUGAGAAAAGAUUUAUAAGGUAAGAUCAAGCUUUAGAGUACUAGAUUGAGUUUGAAGUUUAUUUUGUAGAUAGUAAGACUCCUUUAUUGCAAGGAUGUCAUGGCCAUCUAUUCAUCGCCCUAAAGCUUAGCAUGGUACCAGUUUGAAAAAUACAUUAAAAUUAUUUGAGGCUACUGGUUAGAUGUUUUAUUUGACUUUUGCAUCUCUUCCAGUCCCUAGCACAGUGCUCUUUAAGUAGUAAGCUCUCACUCUAGAAGUAGUUGGAACUUAGAAGAGAGAUCAAAAGUGGAGAUAGAUUUUAGACCCAUUGGUAUAAAGCUGAUAGUUGAAUGAACAGCAGUGAAUGGAAUUGUUGAGGAAGAGAAGAUAAUAGUGGGCUGAAAAUCAAACCUUGAGAAAUAACUAUCUUAAAGUGAUUCAAGAAUAUGAAAGGACGGAAAAAGAUUAUUGGUACCAUUCAUGUAUGAAUGUUCUAUAAUAAUCAUCAAAACUUGGUUUUGGAAGGGAACUCAGGAUAUAUAGUCCAACAAUAAGUGGCCACGUAAAGAAUCUUUUCUUGAGCUAUAUCUCCUAAAGUAGCCCAUUCCAUAGCUAAAUACCUCUGACUAUGUAAGUUUUGCAAAAUCUGCAUUAAAUUCUACCCAUUUUUCCUAAUUUUGUCCCUGGGAUGAAAUAAAUUCAAUGCUUCUUUCUAAUAGACUUUUAAAUAAGUGAAGACCAUUAUUUAUUCCUUUCUCCUUCCCCUCAUUCAAGGUGUUAUGCUGAAAUGCCUCUGUUAUGUCACCUUAUCCUUUUAUAGUGGUCUGGCUUCUGGUCUCUCCAUGUCCUCCUUAAAUGUAGCUGAGCUGAAGAAGAUAUUUCAGAUGCAGUUUGGCCGGUGAAAAUUACACUGGAAUUGUUACCAGUCUUUUUCUUUUUCUUUUUUUUUUUUAAGCUCUUUGCUUGUACUUCUCUUACUGCAAUCUAAGAAAGGUUGUGAUUGUUCUUUUGGCCAUCAUCACAUUUUGAUUCAUUGAACUUUCCAGUUUACUGUCAUCUUCAAGCCUUUUUCAUAUAGUAAAUACUAUGUAGCCAUUUGUCUCUCAAACUGUAGUUAUGUAUUGAUUUUUUUUUUAAUUCAAGUAAACGUUACUUGGUAUUCAUCCAGAUUACAUUUCACCUUUUUGGGUUUGUCUUGUUGUUCUAGUCUCUUCUUUGUAUAUCCUAAUAAUAUUACCUUAAAUGGUACCUAUUCAUCCAAACUUUCUGAUGCCCAAUGCAAGUUAGAAAAGUAUGUUAAUAAUGCUGUCAUCCAAGCAAUUUUUAAUUCAAACAUCUAUUUAACAUUUGCUUAGCACUAUCGUUUUUAAAGAUGUUGAAUUGCCCAGAGAUGAGAUAAGAUCAUUGAGGUAUUUUGAGAGAUCAUCUUCAUAUUAAUAUAUCCCAGUCUACUACCACUAUUUUUUAGGAUUAGGUACCAGUUCUCAAUUCAUUAACACUUUUCUUGACCACUGGAUCAUCUUGAGGAGCAUUGCUGAAAUCAUGUGUACUUUUCUAUGACAUCUCAUCUUUUAAGUUAAAAAAAAAAAGAUAUAAUAUUAAUUUGACAUAAUCUUUUCUGGGCUAGCCUAUACUUAGUUUUGGUGAUCACCACUUCUCUUAAUAUUUACAAACCACCCUUUGCAGAAUCCAUCCUAAGUUUCAACAAGAAUCACUUAGUAAAUAAACAGUGUAAUAAGUAUCAUUAAACCCUUACUCCCAAAUCCAAUCUACUGUAUCACCAGAUAAGUCCAUCUAGUAUUAUUAAGUGCUAGCUCACUUACAGAUCUGCCUAAUCUAACUUGAAGUUUUUCUACUGAAAAUAUUUCUACUCACUCUUACUUGCAGAAUAGAGCUCAUUGGUUCAUUUCUCCUAGGCUCAACAGGAAACCACUUGAUAAUAUGUCAAGCUUGCAAUUGGUAGUUUAAAAAAAUAUCUCUCUCCAUUUACCUUUCUCCCUCCUCCUCUCUCCCUUCUUCCCUAUUUCUCUAUAGAGAAAUAGAUUUUUUUUUCAAUUAAUAAGCAUUUAUUUUCUUUCAUACCUCCCUCUGGGGGGAGAUGGGGCAGGGAGUUUGUAACAAAACGUUUUGUUUUAUUAUGCAUAUUUGUUACUUAACUUUUUCAAUGCUUUUCCCUCCAACCAAGGUAAUAUAAACAGGGAGCAUGUCACCAUCACCUCAGCAAGAUCAGAAUUUAACUUUAUGCUUGUUACCCCUAAGUUCAUCAAAAGACGGUAACCUGGUUCUUCACAUCUUCCUGAAGUACAGUACUACCUGUCCUGCGUCAUAGGUGGCAGCUGCCCACCAUAUUCAGCUAUGCGUCCGCUGGUGUUCCUGUGUGCCCAGCAGGUGAUCAAGGAUGAGGAAUCUGCGUGCCAGGCCUUGGAGCUUCUGCCGCAGGACCUGUACCCAGUCCUAUUCAAGGCAGCCUUCAUGCAUGGGAAGACACUCUUGCUCCAGGCUUUGGUGCAUACGUGGCCCUACCCCAUCCUCAGUUUCAAGCAAUUAUUGCAGGAUCGGCCACACUGCCGCAGGGCUCUGAGGCAGGACUGGCCACACUGCCUUCGGGCCCUCCUCCAGGAGUGUCCAAAUUGCCCGCGUGCCCUGCUUCAAGACCGGCCUGCAGAAGAGCUGGUACAGGCAAUGAUCAUGGGAGUCAAGGCUCGGCUGGAAGAAGCAACAGAUAAUGGAACCCAGCAGUCGCUCUAUAGGAGACAUCCACUGCAGCUAUUAGACAUGACUGGACUUCUGGAUUAUGGCUAUGAGGAAGACCUAAAAACUAUGAAAAUGUGGGCCCGUACCAUGACCAUGGCCCAAACUGGCAUUUGUCACCUCUUGGACAAAGUCGAGCAGCCAAACGAAAGCCCCAACAAGUGCAGGAAGGUUGAGGACUUGCCGUGCACACUUCUCCCUGUGGAAGUGCGUGUAGAUCUCUGGGUAACCCCUUCUUCCAGUGGCUUUCUGAAGCAGGCCCUGCAAAAUAAUGCUGUCAGCCCCCUGCGUUUGUGCUGCAGGGAUUUCCGAGCUGAAGAUCUCCCACCAGACAUCACUGUGGAUCUUCUGGGGUUAUUAGACCAUUCCAGCUUACGCCGGUUAGACCUGUCCUUCUUUACUUUAGAAGCAGGGGGUGUAUGGGAGAUCGUAGCUUCCAUUAUGAAGUUUACUAAUCUGCUGAGCUUGAAACUUCAGUACAGCAACAUGGAUGUGUGGCGACUUUGGGCCAUGUUGGAAGGCACCUUUAGCUUCCUGGCUUCAGAGAUGAGCAAGCUGAAACGCCUCAAGGAGCUUAAUCUGGGCACCUCUUGGCUUUCUGGCCAGCUGCGGCAGCUGCUCAGUGGUCUACAGUGUCCCCUGGAAAGCCUGGAACUUCCCGUCUGCUAUCUGCUCCCUGUGGACUUGAGCUACUUGUCCCAGAGUCCCCAUGCUCCCCACCUCAAGAAGCUAGACCUCAGUGGCAACAACCUGUCAGGUGACCUCUUGCCCCCCUUCCAGGCACUCUUGGGGGAGGCAUCAGCCUCCUUGCUGUGUCUGAAGGUGACAGAGUGCCAGCUUAUGGAUGUUCACCUCAUCAGCACCCUGCCCCUUCUGUCCCGCUGCACCCGCCUGCGAUAUCUUGGUCUCUAUGACAAUCCCCUUUCCAGCAUUGGGCUAAAGGCUUUGUUGUCGCGCUCCGAGGUCAUGCCUGACCUCCAGCUGGUAGUGUACCCGUUUCCUGUGGACUGCUACAAGGACCUGCCUGGGGUGCCCCUGUCUGCUAACCUCUUGGAGGACUAUAUCGACGAGGAGAAAUUUGCUCAGGUUCAGGGAGAGAUGCACCAGAUGCUGAUAGCAGCAGGUCGGGCUGAUGUGCUGUGGACCACCGAUGUCUAUGGCCCAAAUAUGCCCGACUACUUUAGCUUGUGACAGGAUGGCUGCCUGCCAGGGACAGGGAGACCUUUGCAGUCACCUGUUUCCCCUGGGCCUGGCAGGAGAGCCGCCUCACCUCCUGGGCAGCAGCUCUCGGGGACAGGUAGGGAGCCACAGAACCUUUGUUCUUGUUUCCUGUUCUCUUCAGACAGGGGAAUGGGACUAGUUAACAGGGAAGCUUCAACCUGUGUCUCAGCUGAAGGAUCCUUGCUAAGGAGGACUAGUGUGAAUGAGGAGCUCCCAUCCAGGGGGAUAGGCCCACUCUUCUGGAACCCCAUUCGGUUGACUGUUCCUAUGGGAAGGGCAUAAUUGUAUCCAUCCUCCAGUGAGCGAAGGGAGUUGGCGUACAUUACUGAGGAAUGGAAGGUCAUAUACCAAGCUGAGACCCUGGAGCUCCCGAAUUAUAUCUCGGAAGCUUUCUUGGUCAAGAGUAAGCUGUAGCCUUUCAGCUUUUUCCUUCCUGACCCACCCUUUGGAAUGCACAGCUCCUGCUGUGAACUUCUCUUCUGCCAGGCUAAAGAGGCCCACUUAGUUUCUCAUGUCUUCUCCUAAGUUCCUGGUUUCUCUUUUCCAAGUGUCCCGCCAACUUUUUUUUUCUUCUUUUACUCUUCUACCUCAUUCUGGAAGGGUUUGAGCUUAGGCAGGUGCUAGCCCCUUCUUCAGCUGCAUCAGCCUUAGCUACUCCUUCAUCUCACCCUUCAGUGGCACAAAGAGGCAGGCAGUGGAAAAGGGCAGCCUCAGGGAUCCUUCCUUGGACCUUCAGGCCUGGUUUUUCCUCAGUUCCCCCAGGACUCAUGUUCCUCUUUGAACUUGCCAAGGCUUUAAUAUUUCAUUAUUUUCAAAUCUCAUUUGAUUUUUAAUCUCUUGGCUUGAGAUAGCUAGCAUCACUUGGUCCCUGGGGCUGCUUGUGCUCCUCCUGAGCUCACAUUGGCUGAUGUAUCUUCCUAUUUUUUAAUGGUUAUUGCCACUCUCAGAAUACCUAGUUUUGCUUUCACUGGUCCCUUUUUUCCUUCUUAACCCUGUUUCUCCGUACUUCACAUAUUGUCUAGAAUUUAUUCCUAAAUUAAAAGUAGAGGGUAUUGAUUUGGAAACAAUAUAACAACCAAGAUAAUUACAAUCAGUUACAACAAAAAUUAAUUCCAGAACAGACUUGAUACUUAACUUUCUGGUGUUUUUUAGUCUUAAGUUGGCCCUAGUGAACUUCUUUUCAUCUAUAAACCUUACCCACACCCUCUCGGGCCCCAGAAAAGAGGACAACAAAACUUGUCUCAGAAUCCCACUGCCUAUUUGAGAUUUUCUUCCAAAGCAGUUACCAUUUGGAAUCAGGAUGCUUCCUGAUUGCUGCUCAGAGAUAACACACAUUCUUAUAUAAUCAGAUUGCUAAAUAUCUGCCCUGUUUCUACCCAAAUUAGAGGAAGAGGUGAUAAUGAACUAUGUGUCACUGAAGUAUUAUUUUUCAUUUUUCCAUUACUCAGAAACAAGACUAAUUCAGCAUUUUAUUUAAUACCACUUUGCCCCUGCCAGAUUUCACAGAAGACAAUCCCUUUUAUUUCCAGGAUUCCAGGAGUACAUGGUGCUUAGCCCAGUGAGAGAGGUCACAGUGAUAGCUGGUUGUUUCCUCACCCCAGAGGAAAAAGCUGCCUGGCAGAACUAGUGCCUGUCCCUUUCAUUCCCUGUCCCUUGCUUCUUUAUUCGUUAUUCCCUAGACAUUGGAGCAGGAAAGAUUAUAUAUGUGUCUGUGUGUAGACUUGGUUUCCUGACUCCUAAAAAAAACAGCUAUGGCUAACACAUGCAUUGGGGACCUGUUGACGUUUUGCUUAUCCAGGUUGACACAGCAUGGACUGCAUUGCUUCACAGAUGAUUCAUAAUCACCUACCUGGGCGAAACAGGUAGUGAACCUUCUUUUCUCUGGAGUCCUCACCCUGACCUGAGCGUAUCAAGAUUCCAGGGUAGAAGGAAGGUAAAAGGAGCCCUUAUACGAUCUUGGCUAAAUAUGGGAAAAUAUAGGAGUGAGAGGAAGGUCUCAAGCUAUGAACAGGGUAAUUGGAUUUUACUCCACAUGAAUUGUUUGCUGACUUCCCCAGCCAAUGCUGAUGGAAUUGUUCCUGAAGGAAGGACAUGGCAUUCAUUCCUGCUAAAUUUAAUCUCGCUUCUUGGUCCACUUUGUUGGAAUCUUUGUGAAUCUCAACUUUGUUCAUGGGGAGCUGUGUGCCACCCAGUUUCUGCCAAGAAUUUACAAGUUGAAAUGACGGGUCCUCAGAUUGCUCUCUGUGGACAGACUAUUGGAACUGUUAUCUUUUGAGUUUUCAUCAUUCCCUUCAGUACCCACAUUGCCCUGCAAAGGCGGGUCGGGGGAGUUGCACACCAGCAUAUAAGCCUGUGACAGAUAUGUGCAGGCAUGUCAAACUCUUGGGUGCUGAGGGGGAUUCAAAAAAUUGCUUUUACUGCAAGGGAUGGAAGGGAGAACCAAACCCAGUCUUAUCCUCUAGUGUUUCCUCCUGUGCUGGAGCAGACAGAGAAAUAUAUAGGUCCUUGGUAUCUCUCUUAAAGACUGAUCAGUGAUAUCCCAGAAUUCAAUCCCUGGGAGCAUCCCAGACUAGAACUUAUGUAAACCUGAUUCUGACCCCAGCAUGUUCCCAGGUUCAAAGCUGAUCUGUCUGGGGCCAUGUCAGUUUUACCUACUCAAAGCCUUUUCACCAUCUCUACCAAGAACCUUAGAGGAAAAAGUCCAAAAUGGCUAUGGCCUUUAGACCUGAAUAGAGGUGGAGUCAGGGUAAUUGAGAUAGUCUAUAAGUGAACUGCUGCACUGUUAUCCAGCCAAUAUUUAGGAAACUGCUUUGCUUUUCAACCUAAAUGAAGGCCUUGAUAAAUUUUUUUUUUUGAUCCAUCAUUCCAGCCUGAGUUCUUUGGGAAUCUUACCUCUGUGAUCCAUUGCUACUUUGAUAUUCAUCUUCCAUUCAACAAACAUAGUUUGUCGUAGGAUUAAGGCACACUGAUUUGGGGGAGGAUUAUUAAAAGAUAGAUUAAAGACAUAAGCCCUGCCCUCAAGAAGUUAUGAUUUAAUAGAGGAAAUAAGAUGGACAUAAUUCUAAAAGAGAUUUUAGGAGGGGAAAAGACUUUUUAUGGCACUUUAGUUGAAUCUUGAGAGAUUAUAACUGGAAAUUUUUGUUUUAGGUGUGAGGGCCAUGUAAGCAAAGGCAAUAGAGAAGGGAAAGGAUGAGAUAAAAAUAAUGAGUAGUCCAUCUUAGCUGACAGGUAGAUUGUAUAAAGGAGAUCGGGUAGUAUGAGAUAAGGCUGUGAAAGUAUAGAAAUCAGAUUGUGGAGAGUGUUUGUAAGGACAGGAUCAGAAUUUUUACUUCAUAAAGUAAGAAAGCAGAAACAAGUCAUUUUUAAACACAAAAAGGCUCUAUGAAAUCAAAGGAUAGCUUGGGAAGGGGCAAGACUGGAGACAUUGAAGAUGAAGUGUUUGAGGUGUUAACAGGCCUGGAAUCAUGGAGAUAGGUUAGCUCUACAGGCAAAAGUAGGGAAAUGUAUGAGUAACAGAUGAUGAGUAGUAGGCCCUGAGAAAGAACAAAAAGUUUGCCUGGGAGGUACUCCUUGGAUCAUUGCUUUAGGUGUUCAGAUAUUCAGGUUGAUAAUCAUCUGGAUGAGCCUCAGUGCAGUAUCUUGUCACUGAAAAAAGUUAUCAAUCAUCUCUCAUCUACAGUCAUUGAAAAUGCUGUUCAUGCUGUUGAAAAGAUAAACCUGCAGAGAACAGUUGCAAAACAAGAUAAUUGAGUGAGUUUUCAUAAGUUAACUUAACUGCUGCCUCUCAGCAGUUCAUAUAACUGCAGUUAUGCUUUUCACACCUGGGAAGGAAACAUGAUUGGAUCCAAGGGAAUUGGGACCUAGGAAUCUGAUGACAUCAGCCUUACUCAUCUUUCUCACAGCUGUUCAAUUUCUUAGCCUCGCAUUCAGUCAAGACUCCGUGCUAUUAUGCUUUCACACUUACUAUGCAGUCUUGUUAGAUACCCCAUAGGGUGUGCUCAGUGCUUCAGACAAUCUGUACUGCUUCCCUUUCUGUCCUUCCCCUCCACCUAUGUCCAGCUUUUUCCUGCUGCUGUGAUUUUGCUUACAUCAUUUCCUAUCCCUGUUUUCCCUCCCCCCUAAUCAUCUCUGUUUAAAGCCUAUGUAGCCCUUUAAGGUCCAACUCAAGCGAUGUCUCCCUUCCCCCAGUCACAAAGCUUCUGCUCCCUUGCUCCCUAAACACCAUUGCUUGCACCACCUGUGAUGCACUUAUAAACACAGAAUGUUUAGUAUUAUAGUUACUUGUGUGUGAUGCAUCCCUUUGUUAGAUUGUGAGCUCCAUGAGGGCAGAGAUUUUAUCUUACCUAAUCUUUUGUGUCUCCCCUCAACCCAGGCACAGUGUUUUCUGCUUUUAGAGGGCCCAUGUUAAUGUUUGUUAGAAGCUUAUUAAGUGAGGAGGUAGUGGAAGAACAUCUUUCUACCUGUAAAAAAAGUUCAUAUCUUUUGGGCCUGCUGGAAUUAAAAAGCCUAGAGGGUGGUCAACUAGAGCUGCCCAACUAAGGAGAAUACAGAGGAACUUGAAAAAGGUGGCUGCUUAAAAGCAACGAUACUAAGGCCAGCAGAACAACUUCUGGACUUGACAGAUUGAAAGAACUAUUUGUUUAGCUCCAGAACUUGUUUAUCUCAGAACCAAACUCCUCACCACCUGCUCACCCCCUGCCUGUUAUACUACUUCCUCUUCAGCUGUGCCUUCCCUUCAGCUCCCCUGCCUGGAUUCCCAGUUACUGAAUUUCUUCAGUGGAAGAGAAAAAUACCCCUUUCCCUAUCUUGGGAACUUCCCCCUGGCUUUUUGGGGCCUUUGGACUGGGAAGGUUCCAGUUUUCACCACGGAGCCUAUUUCAUCGGAUGCUGGAUACUUGAAAGAACUUGAUUGGUUAUGGGGGAAUAGCUAUCAGUGGCUGGGGGGAUCCUGUUGAGUGGGAGAGGUACCCUGGAUUUGGAGAUGAGUGUGCACUCUCCUUGUAUAUCUCCUUGUGCCUUCUCAGGCCUUGGGGGGGGGAGGUCAGGACUGCUUGAUAGUGUUGUCUAGAUUGUGGGACCUCCAGAAGAACAGUGACUGUGUCUUAUCCAUCCUAUGUAUCUCCCUCGGCGCUGAACCCUGGUGCUCUGCGCUUAAUAAAUAUUUGUUAAAAGUUAAAA